AUGACAGAAGACUGGGAACAAGCCGAAAUUGAUAACAAGCCCUUCGCGAAUACCAAUGAAGCCGAGGAUGACUGGGAAGAAUUUGAUCUUGACGCCGUUGAAAAGAAACAACAAGAAGAGUUAAAGAAAAAGCAAGAGCAACAAGCGGAACUAGAAAAACAAGAAAAAUUGAAAAAGCAACAACAAAAGGAAAAGAAGAAGAAUGAACGUCCAGUAGCAUCGACAACAGCACCAUCCUCUGGUUCGGGAGCCGAGAAUAAGAAGGCUGAGGGAAUGUAUUUAGACUAUCAAGAAAAGAAAUCUUCGUAUGAUGAAGCAGAGGCUCUAGUUGGCGGAGGAGAAUUUGUUAAACCAAAGAUUGAUUUGUUGCAACCAAAAACUGAAAAGGAAUUCCAAGAUUUUGGUCGAUUGGUUGCUGAAAAGUUGUGCGAAUUUGAUGAAAGUAAAUAUUAUUUGGAUUUGCUGAGAUUAAUUGUCGAGGAGGCAACUAUCAAUUUGGACAGUGCUCAGCUCAGAGACUUGGCAAAGCACGUUACAAACGUUUCUAAUAAGAGACUGGAAGAAGAAAAGGAAAGAAAAGGUGGAAAGAAGAAGAAGAAGACAAACAUUAACUUGGAAAGAGAUAUUAGCUCUAAUGCUGAUCCCUUCGCAGAUUUGGGUGAUGGCACUGGUGGACGUACAAGAUAUGACGAUGAUGACUUUAUGUAA